CGCAAAGCGGCAGCAACACGUCCAGGAGAAGAUGGCGCUGACGAGUUUUCUUCCUGCGCCAACGCAGCUGUCUCAGGAUCAGCUGGAAGCUGAAGAGAAGGCCCGUGCUCAACGAGCUAGACAGACAGCCUUAGUGGCGUCACGCAGAGAACCUCCACCAUAUGGGCACCGAAAGGGAUGGGUUCCUCGCUCCUUGGAGGAUUUUGGCGAUGGAGGUGCAUUCCCAGAGGUCCACAUGGCACAGUUUCCAUUGGAAAUGGGCCGCAAGAAAAAAGCAUCCAACGCCCUGGCGGUUCAGGUGGACGCAGAGGGAAAGAUCAAAUUUGAUGCCAUUGCUAGGCAAGGACAGUCGAAGGACAAGGUUAUAUACAGCAAGUUUACAGAUCUCAUUCCUAAAGAAAUUAUAAAUGAGGAUGACCCAGAUCUGCAGAGGCCCGAUGAAGAAAGUAUAAAGGAGUUGACUGAAAAGACACGUUCAGCUCUUGAGAAACAAGUCUCUCAGAAGGUUGCAGCAGCCAUGCCUGUUCGAGCAGCUGAGAAAUUAGCCCCUGCACAGUACAUCAGAUACACUCCUUCUCAACAAGGUGUUGCUUUCAACUCGGGAGCUAAACAGAGAGUUAUCAGGAUGGUGGAAAUGCAAAAGGACCCCAUGGAACCGCCUCGAUUCAAGAUUAAUAAGAAAAUUCCCCGAGGUCCCCCAUCACCUCCUGCACCAGUCAUGCACUCACCAAGCAGAAAGAUGACUGUGAAAGAACAGCAAGAGUGGAAAAUUCCUCCAUGCAUAUCAAAUUGGAAGAACGCCAAGGGUUAUACCAUUCCAUUGGAUAAGCGCUUGGCUGCCGAUGGGCGGGGACUUCAAACAGUUCACAUUAAUGAGAACUUUGCCAAACUUGCAGAGGCUCUUUACAUUGCGGACAGAAAGGCCCGUGAAGCUGUGGAGAUGCGAGCACAGGUUGAAAGGAAAAUGGCUCAAAAAGAGAAAGAGAAGAAAGAAGAGAAGCUUCGAGAAUUGGCUCAGAUUGCAAGGGAAAGAAGAGCUGGUAUCAAGACUCACAUAGAGAAAGAGGAAAAUGAAACAAAAGAACGGGAUGAAAUUAGGCAUGAAAGACGGAGAGACCGACAACAUGAACGUAAUCUUGCCCGUGCGGCUCCAGAUAAGAGGUCCAAACUGCAGAAGGAUCAGGAACGAGAUAUCAGCGAACUGAUUGCAUUGGGUGUACCAAAUCAACGUGUAUCCACUGAACUACAGUAUGACCAAAGACUCUUCAACCAGAACAAGGGCAUGGACAGUGGCUUCGCGGGAGGAGAGGAUGAACUUUACAAUGUUUAUGACCAGCCUUGGAGAUCUGGCAAAGACAUGGCACAAAAUGUAUACAGACCUACCAAGAAUGCUGAUAAAGACACUUAUGGUGAUGAUUUGGACACAUUUAUGAAAAAUAACCGGUUUGUCCCUGACAGAGAGUUCUCUGGUACAGACCGCAAACAACGCCAUGAAGGUCCUGUUCAGUUUGAGAGGGACGAAGAAGAUCCCUUUGGGCUGGAUAAGUUCUUGGAGGAAGCCAAGCAACAUGGUGGUUCAAAGAGGCCAGAAAGUGGUCGCUCCAAAGAAUAUGAACAUGAAGGAAAGAAGCGAAGAAAGGAAUAGAUGAACUUCAAUAAUACCACAUGUUUUAACAAAAUUUAGUUCAAACCAAUGUCCCUAGCAUUUGUUUCUGCAUGGACUUCCUGUAUAUCAUGGCUAGAACACAUCUUGGAAAGUUUCCUUAUGUGAAUUUCAUUUACAGUGAUGUUCCUGUAAAAUUCAAUCUACUUUUCUAAUUAAAGCUAGCGUAAACACCCUAGAAAUGCAAAGGGAGAUUUUACACGUUACAACUGUUUAUUCACCAACUUUAAGACACAAAUGAGUUGAACUACACCCUCCAUAUUCAGUAUCAACUUGCUGAUUCGGUGAUUUUAUUUGAUCUUUGUCCUUGGAAUAAUUUUCUGUUUCUCUGAACUUGAAGCUGUGAAGAGAAUAAAUUUUUAAUGAGUUAUUCAAUUUCUACUUUUGCUUUACCACCAUUAACCUCAUGGAACAGUGUUGCUGUAAAUUGUAACAUUAAAACUAUCUGAAUAUUAGCCAGAUAGUUGGCUAAUGACAGCAUGUGACAUUUGGAGGGGCUUUGCUAAACUUUGCCUUUGUAUUAUAGGUUUGGUGAUGUUACCAUUUGGUAAUGCAUUUCUGUUCAUUUUUUUAAAAAAUAAAAAAAAACUUUCUUGUG